CGCCCCGCGCCCCACGCCCGCAGCCGACAGACCGCAGCGCCUGCGCCCGCGCCCGCGCCCCCCACCCCAAGCCGGUGCGCGGGAGCCGCCGAGGCAAAGUCGCGGCGGCCUGCCGGCGGCGCGAUCUCGGCUCCCUCGCUCGCUCUCUGCUCUCAGGGGAAGCCAAGCCGGGAAGCCCAGCCGGGAAGCCCCGGCAACCCGCCCUCCAAGAUGAAGAAGCUCCAGGGAGCUCACCAGCGCAAGCCCAUUACCCCAGACCUGCUGAUGACCCCCAGUGACCAGGGUGAUGUAGACCUGGACAUGGAUUUCGCCGCCGACCGGGGGAACUGGACAGGCAAGCUGGAUUUCCUGCUGUCCUGCAUUGGCUACUGCGUGGGCCUGGGCAAUGUCUGGCGUUUCCCCUACCGGGCCUACACGAACGGAGGAGGCGCCUUCCUCGUGCCCUACUUCCUCAUGCUGGCCAUCUGUGGCAUCCCCCUCUUCUUCCUCGAGCUCUCUCUGGGCCAGUUCUCCAGCCUGGGACCCCUGGCCGUCUGGAAAAUCAGCCCCCUCUUCAAAGGUGCCGGCGCCGCCAUGUUGCUCAUCGUAGGCCUGGUGGCCAUCUACUACAACAUGAUCAUCGCCUACGUCCUCUUCUACCUCUUCGCCUCCCUCACCAGCAACCUGCCCUGGGAGCACUGUGGCAACUGGUGGAACACGGACCUCUGCCUUGAGCACAGAGGCUCCAAGGAUGGCAAUGGGGCCCUGCCCCUCAACCUCACCAGCACCGUCAGCCCCAGCGAAGAGUACUGGAGCCGCUAUGUCCUCCACAUCCAAGGCAGCCGGGGCAUUGGCAGUCCCGGGGAGAUCCGCUGGAACCUCUGCCUCUGUCUGCUGCUGGCCUGGGUCAUCGUGUUCCUCUGUAUCCUCAAGGGCGUGAAGUCCUCGGGCAAGGUGGUGUAUUUCACGGCCACGUUCCCCUACCUCAUCCUGCUCAUGCUGCUGGUCCGAGGAGUCACCCUCCCAGGGGCCUGGAAGGGCAUCCAGUUCUAUCUCACCCCCCAGUUUCACCAUCUGUUGUCUUCCAAGGUGUGGAUCGAGGCUGCUCUUCAGAUCUUCUACUCCCUGGGUGUGGGCUUUGGGGGUCUCCUCACCUUUGCCUCCUAUAACACGUUUCACCAGAACAUCUACAGAGACACCUUUAUCGUCACUCUGGGCAACGCCAUCACCAGCAUCCUGGCUGGCUUCGCCAUCUUCUCUGUGCUGGGCUACAUGUCUCAGGAGCUGGGUGUGCCCGUGGACCAAGUAGCCAAAGCAGGCCCCGGCCUGGCCUUUGUCGUCUACCCACAGGCCAUGACCAUGCUGCCUCUGUCGCCCUUCUGGUCCUUCCUUUUCUUCUUUAUGCUGCUGACUCUUGGCUUGGAUAGCCAGUUUGCCUUCCUGGAGACCAUCGUGACAGCUGUGACUGACGAGUUCCCUUACUACCUGCGGCCCAAGAAGGCUGUGUUCUCGGGGCUCAUCUGCGUGGCCAUGUACCUGAUGGGGCUGGUCCUCACCACUGACGGAGGCAUGUAUUGGCUGGUGCUUCUGGACGACUACAGCGCCAGCUUCGGGCUCAUGGUGGUGGUGAUCACCACGUGCCUGGCCGUCACCCGGGUGUACGGCAUCCAGAGGUUCUGCCGGGACAUCCACAUGAUGCUGGGCUUCCAGCCGGGCCUCUACUUCAGGGCCUGCUGGCUGUUCUUGUCCCCGGCCACGCUCCUGGCCCUGCUGGUGUAUAGCAUCGUCAAGUACCAGCCCUCAGAGUAUGGCAGCUACCGUUUCCCAGCCUGGGCAGAGCUGCUGGGCAUCCUGAUGGGCCUGCUGUCCUGCCUCAUGAUCCCAGCCGGCAUGUUGGUGGCUGUGCUUCGGGAGGAGGGCUCGCUCUGGGAGCGGCUCCAGCAGGCCAGCCGACCGGCCAUGGACUGGGGCCCGUCGCUGGAGGAGAACCGGACUGGCAUGUACGUGGCCACGCUAGCGGGGAGCCAGUCGCCCAAGCCACUGAUGGUGCACAUGCGCAAGUACGGGGGCAUCACCAGCUUCGAGAACACGGCCAUCGAGGUGGACCGCGAGAUCGCUGAGGAGGAGGAGUCUAUGAUGUGAGGCGGGAGGCCGGGGGCCAGGAGGCUCUGCCCGGCUGCGAAGGCUAGCCGUGCCCCGUGGGGUUCCGAGAGGCCCGAGGCCGUGGCAGGGCGCCACGGGGAUGCCAGUGCCCAGGGCAAGUCCUUUCUUGUGGCCUCUCCUCUCUGUCUACCUUCUCCCCACACGCACACAGACCCACUCAAAGCUCAGUCCUCAUCGUGCAGAUGGGUGAACUGAGGCCAGGGAGAGGGCCUUGCCCGAGGUCACAUGGCGGAGGGCACUGGACCCCAGGCCGCCUGGCCAACCAGUUUCCUUUCUCAUGUGGCGGUUGGCAUCAUUCUCUCCUCUGUUCAGGGCCCAGGCUCCUCCACUCUUUUCUAGGAAAGUCUGUCCCCACACAUUUCAAACAGCCAGAAUCUCGAGCUGGGCAGGGACGCUCAGGGCGUGGCGAGGCCCCCAAGGUCCCAGGCCUCGAGGGUUAGCAAGUGCAGUGGGAGAAAAGCCCUGUGGGCUCCUGUGCCUGGGCCAGGUUUCCUGAAGGAGGUGGGGUCUGAGGGCCCUGGAGGAUGGGCAAGUUGGGAGGGAGAGAGGAGGAGGAGGGCAGGGUGUGGAGGCCCCAGUGUAGCCCCUGUGCCCCACCCCCCAAGCCCAGGGCAGAGGUCAAGGUGUUACCAGAUUACAGCAGGGUCCAGGUGGGAAGGACGCAUGAGGGGGAGGGGGAGCAGGGGACAAGGGGCGGGCAGGGGUUUGCAUGAUCUGGUCGUGCUUUAGAUAGAAUCUCUAUCAGGUCAGUGUGCAGGGUGGAUUAGAGGGGAUGGGGUGGAGGUGGGAGGCCUGUGGAGGGCAGGCAAGAGGGGCUGGUGGCCUGAGUGAGGGGGUGGGGGUGGGGAAAGGAGGAGGUCCCCACACUUUUCUUUCCCCCAGAGAAACUAAUGUAUUUUAUUUUGACCCACACUUCUGAGAAGGGCCCACAGCUUUCCUCACUGGACCCUGUGCCCUCCCGUGUAGGGAGCCCUGGGAAUGAUUAGGACAGAGGACACAAGUGAAGAGGUGGGAGUGAGGGCUCGUAGUCAGGACCCAAAGCCCCACCAUUCUCUUCUCCCUGUUCUGGUGGCCCUCACUGUCUUCUCCAGCUCCAGGCACUGCUGGGAGACUGGCCUUGGCUGUGGACCCACCAAGGCAACUAAGAGGCUUGGAGGUGGUCCGCACACAUGGCUGGCUGUCCUGAUGCUGGGCCCGGGGCAUGAGGAUGGAGGCAGGGAGCCAAGGACAGCCAACACCUCAGGCCUGUGGCCAGAGGCCUUGGCGUCUUCAGUCCCAGGCACGGGAGGGGCUGCCCUGGGGUCCCUCCUUCCCUGAGAGAUGAGGGUGGAGCGUGAAAACGUGCCCCCCGGGGGGGGCAGGGCACCCUCAUGCAGCUGGGCCGGCCUGUGCGCCCUCUUUCUCUCCUGCUGUCUCCCCAACCCAUCCAUGUUCUGUUGGUUUAUUGUUAAUAAACACCAAU